UUUCAGUACCAAAAGCGGUAACCCCGAGCUACACUCGGGCUUACCAUGCAGCGUUGCUCAGGGAGUCCCUGCAGCGCUUACCUUGUCCUUCGCUGGCCCCCGCGAUGUGUCCCCUGCAGCAUCCCCAGCCAUCUCCUCCGGCCGAUGCCGGCAUCUGGCUUCCGUGUUCCGGUCCCUGUGAGCGCCGGGACGUACGGGGGCCGUAACGCCGGCAAAUUUAAAAAUUUUUAGAAACUAUAAUUUUCUUAGAAAUUAAUUUGACAUAUGCUUUGUCCUGUGCCCUGCCUGCAUUUUGACUGUUCUUUCUG